GCGCUUGCGCGGUAGGCCUGGCGCCUGCCAAAACUGAAUGGACUCGCCUUCGAGGCUGUGGCGUCCGUGCGGCUGCGCGCGAGCCGGGUGCCGCGGUACUUAAGUUCGCUGCGCCGGGUGUCGGAGGUAGUAGCCAUGCAGAGAGCAACCUUGGAGCAGCCAACUAAGCGGCCCCGCUGCGAUGACAGCCCAAGGACGCCACAGAGCACUCCUCCUGCAGGAGCGAACCGGCCUGAAGACCCGGACUCCCAAAGCAGCGACCUCCGAACCUGGGAUCCGGAGGACGUGUGCUCCUUCCUAGAGAAACGUGGUUUCCGAGAGAAGAAAGUGCUGGACAUCUUCAGAGAGAAUAAAAUCACUGGUUCAUUUCUGCCCUUUUUGGAUGAGAAUCGUCUUGAAAAUCUGGGAGUAAGUUCCUUGGAGGAGAGGAAGAAGAUGAUAGAAUGUAUCCAAAAGCUGAGUCAGUCUCGGAUUGAUCUGAUGAAGGUAUUUAAUGAUCCUAUUCAUGGCCAUAUUGAGUUCCACCCUCUCCUUAUCCGAAUCAUUGACACACCUCAGUUCCAGCGGCUUCGCUACAUCAAGCAGUUGGGAGGCGGUUACUAUGUUUUCCCUGGGGCGUCACACAAUCGGUUUGAACACAGUCUCGGAGUCGGGUACCUAGCAGGGUGCCUCGUUCGAGCACUUGCCGAAAAACAGCCAGAGCUGCAGAUCAGUGAGAGAGAUAUGCUCUGUGUUCAGAUUGCGGGGCUCUGCCAUGACCUAGGUCAUGGGCCAUUUUCUCAUAUGUUUGAUGGAAGAUUUAUCCCACUUGCUCGCCCAGACAAAAAGUGGAGGCAUGAACAGGGUUCGAUUGAGAUGUUUGAGCAUCUAGUUAAUUCUAAUGAACUCAAACUUGUCAUGAAAAACUAUGGUCUCGUCCCUGAAGAAGAUAUUACCUUUAUCAAGGAACAAAUUAUGGGACCACCUAUAACACCAGUUAAAAAGUCUUCGUGGUUAUAUAAAGGUCGCCCUGCCAAGAAGAGCUUCCUUUACGAGAUAGUGGCUAACAAAAGAAAUGGCAUCGAUGUGGACAAAUGGGAUUAUUUUGCCAGAGACUGUCACCAUCUUGGAAUCCAAAAUAAUUUUGAUUACCAGCGCUUUGUUAAGUUUGCCCGUGUCUGUGAAGUGUAUGACGAUGAGGAGAUGAUAUGGGUGAAGCACAUUUGUACGAGAGAAAAGGAGGUUGGCAAUCUGUAUGACAUGUUCCAUACACGCAACUGCUUACACCGCAGAGCUUAUCAACACAAAAUCGGCAACCUCAUCGAUAUCAUGAUUACAGAAGCCUUCCUCAAAGCAGACCCCUACGUGGAGAUUACAGGGACUGCUGGGAAGAAGUUCCGAAUUUCCACAGCCAUCGAUGAUAUGGAAGCCUUCACUAAGCUGACGGAUAACAUUUUCCUGGAGAUUUUGUACUCUUCGGAUCCACAGUUGUCUGAGGCCCAAAGUAUUUUAAGAAACAUUGAAUGCCGCAAUCUAUACAAGUAUUUGGGUGAGACCCAGCCGAAGGGUAAGAAGAUUACAAAGGAAGAGUAUGAAAAGCUUCCCCAAGAAGUUGCUGACGCCAAGCCUGACAUGGCCCUGGACGUUGAACUGAAGGCCGAAGAUUUCAUAGUUGAUGUUAUCAAUAUGGAUUAUGGGAUGGAAGACAAGAAUCCAAUCGAUAAAGUUCACUUCUAUUGUAAGAGCAACAGCAGGCAAGCGGUCACGAUCACCAAAGAUCAGGUGUCACAACUCCUGCCAGAGAAGUUUGCAGAGCAGCUUAUCCGAGUGUACUGUAAGAGGAAAGACAAGAAGAGUCUGGACGCAGCCGGGCAGCACUUCAUCCAGUGGUGUGCGAUCAGGGACUUCACCAAGCCGCAGGAUGGUGACAUCAUAGCCCCACUCAUCACGCCUCUGAAAUGGAAUAAAAAGACUUCAUCUUCCGUCCAAGAAGUAUCCAGAGUAAAAAUGUGUCUAAAAUUUUAAGUGUCUACACUUAAAAUCUUACUUUAAAAUUUUAAAGAAUGUCUGUAGUUAGUUCUUUGCAAACACCUCUUUCCCUCUUCACAAUUAAGUUAGGAAAUAGAGCCCACUAGUGAUUUUUAUUUACUAUCUUGAAUGUAUGCUCAUGCUGGGUGGUGGGGGGAGGUCGUUUUUAUUCAAAAUGAAAAAUGGUAAUAUUAACAAAGUUUUCCUAUCCGUCCUGUGGUGAUUUGAAUAAAAAUAGCCCCCAUAAGCUCAUAUAAUUCAAUGCUUAGUCACCAGGGAGUGGAACUGUUUGGAAGGAUUAUAAGGAUCAGGACAUGUGGCCUUGUUGGAGGAAGUGUGUCACCAAAGGUGUGUGCUGAGGUUUCAAAAGCCUAUGCCAGGUCCAGUUUCUGUCUCUGUCUCUCUCUGUCUCCCUCUCCCUCUCUCUCUCUUUCUUUCUGUCUCUUUCUCCUCUCUCUCUGUCUCUCCCUCUCUCUCUCUCCUUCCCUCUCUCUCUCUUCCUCUCCCUCUUUCUGCCUCUCUCUCCCUCUCUGUCUCUCUCUGUCUCUGUCUCUCCCUCCCCACCCCCUCUCUCUGCCUGUGGAUCAGGAGAUAGCUUUCAGCUACUGCACAGCACCAUGCUCCAACCAUGACGGCAGACUAAGCCUCUGAAGCUGUAAGCACACCCCCAGUUAACUGCUUUCUUUUAUAAGAGUUGCCUUGGUCGUGGUGUCUCUUGAGAGCCAUAGAGCAGUGACUACGACUUUAAAAAGCAUUAGUUUGUGUAUUUUUAGCGUUAAUUGAAACCUUUCUCCUUUAGCAACCUAUUUUCUCAGGAUAACUCUCCCAUCUAUUCUGAACUCUUGGGACAAAUGAUUGUCUUUUGUUUUUAAUUCAAAAAUUGAGACAGGAGUACAAACUAGAAUUCAAAAUUGAAAUUGUGAUGCACCAUGUGGUUAAAAAAUAAACAAAAUCCUAGCCCCCUGAAGAGGUGCCCAUCCCCCUGCUCCUCUCCAACACCCCACUCUUCCGUCCCUGUUAAGUGCCAGGCUUGGAGAGCACCGGGAGCAGCUCUUUCCUUGGAGGAGCUGAGGUGUGCCAGGCAAGAACUCUCCCGAUGACCUCAGCUCCGUCUCUGUCUUCCUGGCACAACUCUCCGUCCUCUGGGUUGAGAGGGGCUAGGUUCAGAGGGCACCUCACACCAGGCUGCUCCUGAGUGUCGUGACUACAGACAAGAUCAGCUGUUUUGCACUGCAACCACUCCAGCUCCAAGGGACUCACCACUGCCAGCCUGGGGACAGGCCUUCGUCCACCUCUUCUGAGCUGAACUGGUCAGCUGCUCAGAGACCACAAACUCCAUCCUCUGGCUGCUGUCUCCUGGCACCGCCAUUGCUUCAGUGUGCUUACGGGUUUUGGAACAUUCUGGACUGCCUUUUUGAGCUUAGCAACUACUCAAUGAGUCUCGGGUCCCCUGUGUAGCUUGCUGUUUCUACAGUGCCGAGCCAUUCGCCCUACUGCCCCCCUCAUCUCACUUUGCACAGCUUUACCGGGAACUGAGUCCAGUUGGAGCCAACAGUGGUCAUCAGAAAUGCAAGAGAUGUGGGCGGUGGGGACAGAGGCGGGAACUGCAGGUAAGGUCCUAGUGAUGAUGCUCUCCUGGGGGAGCAGCCCUGUGCUGCUGAUCCUCUGGGCAGCCACGUUCUGUCUCGUCCACUCAUGGGUGAAGAGUAUUUGGUGUGUUUGCCCCUAUGGGGGUCCUAAAUGCACAAGAGGUGCUCGCUCUCCCCCACUAGCCACGGUGCCUCUGUAACUCUGGGAGACAGCCAGAGGUUCCCUCUCCCCUUCGUGUGCCCAGACUCAAGGUUAAGAAGUGCAUAGUUUUCUGCGAAUAUUGUUAUAUUUUUGCCAGUCUAUAUUUUUUUAAUCAUUAUGGUUUAUUCUGGAAUUUUGUACUAUGGUAUGUGGGAAACAAAUCUGACCCAUUUUAUGCCUCUGAAGCUGUUUUUCUUGUGAGUACCUGUGUCAUUUACAAGAUUGCAUUAAAAAUGGAGAUUUU